AUGUGUCGUCGAUGUCGUGAGUUGGGUCAUUUCGAAUCUGUCUAUAAGCGUCAGAAACCAACAUCAGGAACUACAAGGAAACCAGGAAGGAUCUACAAUGUCGAAAAUGGGACAACAUCGAAUAAAGAGGAGAGUACGGAAGAGAAGGAGACCAUUCCAGCACAAACGAAAGUAUAUUACGCAUUCUAUGGAGGAAAUGACAGCAAUGUAUUGAGUGGAAUUAUUGGAGGUGUUGCGGUGAACGUUUUGAUUGACUCUGGUGCCGAGGCAAACCUGAUUCGGCUGGAAACAUGGGAAAUUCUAAAGAGGAUGAAGGUGACGGUAUUGGCUUCGACAAAGGCAUCGUCACGUGUUUUGAAAGGGUACGGAAGCGAUAAGCCCCUUGAUGUGGUUGGUACGUUCAAGGCUGAAGUAUCAAUUGGACGUAGAAAGGCUAUGGCGGAGUUUUUCGUCGUUAAAGGAGGACAGAAAGAUAUCUUAGGUGAUGCGACUGCUAAAAAGCUGGGAAUGUUGAAAUUCGGAAUAGAGGUCAACAACGUGAGGGCAGAAAGUAAGCCGUUCAGUAAAAUUAAUGAUGUCAAAGCGUAUAUCACAUUGAAUCCAGAGACACGGCCGGUAUUUCAGCCACUACGUAGGGUACCAAUACCAAUGGAGGAAGCAGUAAAUCGAAAGCUGGAAGAUUUACUAAAGCGCGACAUCAUCGAAGUCAAACAAGGUCCAGCCACCUGGGUUUCUCCUUUAGUGAUAAGUGGACAAGCCUCAGGUGAACCUAGGAUUUGUUUGGACCUGAGAAGAGUCAAUGAAGCGGUAGUUCGGGAGCACUUUCCAAUGCCAGUAGUAGACGAGUAUCUAACAAGAUUGAGCAAGGGAAAGAUAUGGAGCAAACUAGAUAUCCGUGAAGCGUUUCAUCAGAUUGAGCUGGAUGAAGAUUCUCGAGAUGUGACAACUUUUAUCACUAACAAAGGAUUAUUCAGAUUCAAACGAUUGCCGUUUGGACUUGUCACAGCUCCCGAGAUAUUCCAAAGAAUAAUGGAGGAAAUACUCUCAGGCUGCGUAGGGACAUACUGGUACCUGGAUGACGUGAUUUAUGAAGGAGAAAGGGAAGGUGUAUGCGGAUUCGAAACGAAAGGCGAACGAAAGUGA